AUGGCUGCUGCGCCCCGCGCUUGUGUUCGAUGCACGCUGCUGUGCGACGAUGCUUCGCUGCAAGCAUGCGCCCUCUGCGGGGGCGACCUGGCUCCGCCGAAGGAGUUCAGGAGCCUGAACUCUCCAACCUGCAUUGACCUCGAAGAUGACUUCACGGAUCCGGAGCCUCCACCAGGAGCCCCAAGGAGCUGCCCGGCCUGCACACUCAUUUGCGAGGAUCCGGCACAGCGCAGCUGUGAGGCCUGCGGCGGCGCCCUGCCUGAGCAGCCCAUGCAGCCCCCAAGGAAACGGCCCAAGCAAAGCCCGAAGCCGACAGCAACCUCGCAGGCGUCGGGGGUCGCAUCGUUCUUUCAGAAGACCCCGACGAUCCCGGAAUGCAAGGAGGAGCCUCCCUCGGCAGAGCCUCCGACUCCGCGGCGCCCGCCGAGUCCGAGUCCCGCCCCGGAAUCAGCCUGGUCCGCCAGCGUCGCUGCAGCCGCCCUGUCUACGAGCUGCUCCGACUUCCGCCCGGCAAGCGCAGCAGGCUGCUGGGCCAAGAAAGGUGCACCAGUACCUUACCGUCACCUUGCUGCGGCCCUUGAUGCUUUGGAAGCUACCCGAAGCCGCCUGAGCAAGGACACUAUCCUUACCAACUCCUUCCGGGUCAUGUUGGCUAUGGCGGCACCUGCAGAAGAGGUGGAAUCCGCCUGCUACCUCUUCGCACCGGCAAAGGAUGCUCAAGCCGGUGGCCACAGGUUGCGACCCGACUGGGUGGAAGGAGGGCGGCCUCUCAGCAUCCCGCACAAGUCCAUAACGGCUUCCCUGCUGGAGGCAACUGGUGCCUCGAAGGCCGACAUGAACCGCCUCUACCAGGAGCUCCACGACAGUGGUCAAGUGGCUUUGGCCCUGCGGGAGCGUGGCGGCAAGCAACGACUGCUCCGGGCGCCACAACCGCUGACGGCAGGCGCGGUGCGCCGCACACUGUUGAGCCUCGCGGAUUUGCAGGGAACAGGUGUUGAGAAAGCCAAAACCACUCGACUGGUUGGCUUGCUUCGUGCCGCUGAAGGCACUGAGCUCAAGUGGCUGGUCCGUACCUUCAUGCCACAUAUGGCGGCUGGCGUGUCCCUCGAGUCCUCGGUUCUCCCGGCGCUUGGAGCUGCCGCAGCCAUGGCUGCAGGUGCAACCGCCGAUGCUGUGCGCUCCGCGCAGGAAGAGGUUCGGCAUGGGUAUGCCUUGCGGCCAGACGUGCGUGCGCUAGUCGAGGCACUGCUGGAAGACGGAAUCGAGGGCGUCAGACGAAGGUGCACUCUACACUUGGGCGUCCCCAUGCAGCCCAUGUUGGCCAAGGCCUGCACUUCCAUCCAGGAGCUUCUGAAGCGAAUCCUGAAAUCGGUGCCACGCAGUGGGCAGGCAACCAGUCCCAUCAUGCUUUCUGCCGAGUUCAAGUACGAUGGUCAACGCGCCCAGAUCCACGUCCUUCCCGCAGGUCGCGUCAAGAUUUUUUCGCGGAAGCUGGAUGACAUGACCUACAAGUAUCCAGAUGUGGUCAAGGCGGUCCUGAAAUCCUCCAGGACGCAGGCAGCCUGUGUGUUGGAUGCCGAAAUCGUUGCUGUCGUGCCCAAGGAGAACACAGAGGAAGGUCCGGGAGAAAGUAAGGAGCUGGAAAGAAAGGAUGGCAACAAGGUGGAAAUCGCUGCCUUCCAGUCACUGGCCACCCGAAAGCGCAAGAACGUCACGGAGGCCAAUGCUGCGACGACAUCCGUGGCAGUUAAAGUCUUUCUUUUCGACCUCCUCUUUCUUGCGGAGGAGCCCUUGAUCUCGCUGCCCUUUCAGCAGCGCCGAGCAAGACUCAAAGAAAGCUUUGCAGAAGUGGAGGAUCUUGUUGCUUACGCCGAAGCAGAGGACUUGGAGGGCAACACGGGCUCAGCUGAAGCGACGCUCGAGGCGGCUCUGCGACGAUCCGUGGCCAUGUCGUGCGAGGGAUUGAUGGUAAAGCAUUUGGAUUCAGGCUAUGAGCCGUCAACAAAGAGGUCCGACUGCUGGCUGAAGCUCAAGAAGGACUAUGUUGAGAGCAUGGGUGACUCACUGGAUUUGAUCCCCAUAGGCGGCUGGCGCGGCAGCGGCCGCAAAUCGCGCUGGGUGUCUCCCUGGCUGCUGGCCACGUACGAUCCCGAGGAAGGCACGUUCGGCUCGGUCUGCCGGGUGAUGUCUGGUUUCAGCGAUCAGUUCUACAAGGAGAACACCCUUCGCUACCUGGGCCGGGAGCUCCACGUCGGAAAUGCCAAGACCGAGACCGAGGCGGAGGCGGCGGAGGACGAAGGUGAAGAUGCAGACGAGGAUGAAGUUGAGGUGGAGAGCGCAGAGAGUGCAGCUGCAGAGGAGGAGGACGACAUGCCGGCGAGCAAAGGCUUGGCCGGGAUGCAGCUCCGGUCCAAGGCCGGAGGAGUGGAGACGUUGGAGCAGCCGCAGUUCUGGUUCCAGCCUUCUGAAGUGUGGGAGAUUCGGGGAGCUGACAUCACCAUCUCUCCAAAGCACUUGGCAGCAAAGGGUUUGGUGGAUCCGAAGAGAGGCCUCUCGCUGCGCUUCCCUCGUUUCAUCCGCAAGAGGGAGGACAAGCGCCUGGACCAGGCCACCACGCCGCAGCAGCUGGCGGAGUUUUGCCCGUCCAAGAUUCGGGGAACUUCAUGCGAAUCGGGCUUGCCCGUGAAGAGGCUGACAGAGCGAGCGGCCACUGAAACAGCAUGGAACGGCUCGGACGACGAUGGCGCGAAGAGAGGAGCUCACGUCGACCGCGAAGGAGAAGAGCGCUUGGCGAAGGCGCGAAAGACGGAAAGCGUGGCUCGUGAGGCUCUGGUUUUGGAUUCCUCGGAGUCGGAGGAUGUCCUCGUGGAGAAGGUUGGGGCCCGUAUUGAGCCCGAGCUCGAGCUCGAGUGGUCACAGCUCGGAGACCACGUCGAAGAUCUGUUUUGCGGCCACGGGGCCGCCAAGCAAGCCUCUCGCUUUUUGCCGGGGUGUCCUUGGUGUGAACGUCGCGGACAAGGCAGCCUAGAGGCCAUUUCACUUCCGCAUCCACACCCUGCUCUGACUCUGUCACCUGGACCCGCCUCCCAGCUGUCGGAGGAGGCAUUUUCCAAAGAGGGCUUGCGUCUUCCUCCGCCGGCCAGCCUGGAUGAGCUCCGGAAGCGCUGUGCGCAUUUCCGGCAAAGUGGAUCGUCCAGGCACCUUUGUUCGGACUUGUGCUACUUCCGCGAUUACGAGCCUGCGCGACAGCUUCGGGCGUUUCAGGACCGAGCCGAAGCUGCGCCGGCCCUGCUGCCACCAGGCCGUCUGGCUGGCCUCAGCGCGAGGCUGGCGCUAUCGCAGCAACCGCCAUAUUGGUGUGUCGUUUUCCACGCAGCUUCUGGUGCCGUGCUUGGCCAAAGUCGCCAGGCAUGGAAGAUUUUACAGUCGAGCACCGCCUCAACAGAGGCACCUGCCCAUGAUUGGCGCUUCCGCUGGAGCCAGGGGGUCUUCGAGAGUCCUUUUGGACUGGUGGAGGAGCUGCUGGCAGACAACGCCUGGCAGCUGCUGGCUACCUGUGUCCUACUCAACAAAACGGGCCGGCUUGCGGUGGACCGAGUUCUGCCGGAGUUCUUGAGUAUUUGCCCAGGCCCACAUGAACUUUUGGCCACAGCGCCUGAUGUUCUACACAGGAUUUUUCUUCCACUUGGCCUUCACCGAAAGCGAGCUCGGAUGCUUCGUCGCUUCAGUACAGAAUUCCUGGAGGCGCAAAAAGAAGCAGACGGCAACAUAUCCUUGGAGCAUGUGCGAAGGUUUCACGGCGUUGGCAAAUAUGCCAGUGAUGCCUAUGAAAUCUUCAUUCUGAAGCGCAUUUCCACGGUAGAGCCCACAGAUUCAUACUUGCGCUGGUACAGCAGCGCUCUGCGAUGUCAGCUCCGUGAGCACGGAUACAACGAUCUGGACGAGGGCUUCAGAGACUGCAUGUCGCGCGAAUCGUUUAUGCAAAAGUGGUUCGUCUGA